UCAUAAGCCACGUCGAACCGUACCCGGGUCCAGGUUGCAUGCGCCCAAAUGCCGCGCGCAGCAGCCCCCGCGUUCCGCCAAUGCAAUACUGCAUGUCGUUGUUUGGUGUCGACACCUCUGUUGCCCGGCUCCGACGGGUGUUAGUUAGUCCCGGAUCAACAUCACGAGAUGUUGCACUGUGGCUAGCGAACGAAGCUCUGAAGGUAGCCUCGGGAACCAAAUCAUCUGCGUCGUCUGGCCGCAAAAGCAAAAGAAAAAGAAAAAAGACUAGUGGCAAAAUCCUUGACUGGCUCUUUGAAUCUUGAGGGCAUCUCCCGGAUCGGGCAUAGGGCUACCUGAGGAACCUGAGGAACCUACGGGACGUGGAGAGGAGAGAAAUCCCCCCCAUGGCAAUACUGUAAUGCCUCGUCGCACAGACCCCGCAUCUAUGGCAAACACGAGCCCCUGCAGCAGCAGCACGACCACCACCUCCACCUCCACCACCAUACGAGCGGCAGGGGAGGGCGGGCCAACGUCGACUCUCUUCCCUUUCUCGAUUCCCGUGCAUAGUCGAAACAUCAGUCGAGCAUGAGCUUCCGAGGUGUCUGCCCUCGCUCAUGUGUCAACUGAGCUUAUACCCAAUCCCGAGCUAUCCCCCCUCAUCUGCGCUUUUGUAUUCCUUGGUUGGUGUGACUCUGCUACUUCUUUCCGCCGCUUCAUAGCUCUUUCAACGCUGCCUAUCCGUGUGUCGCUAGUACCAGAUCCGGCUCUCCUCUCUCGUCUCCAUUCUCCAUUCUCUCCGCAUUUCCCGCUCACAGCCGCAUCACCACUCAUAGUUGCAUCAUCACUCACGAGUUUGCUUCACCAUGACCACUCUGCCGAAAACAGUCCCCGGCACUGCGGUCCAGGUCCAGCUGCCGGCCUUGCCGACCUCUGACUUCUGGAGCGAGACACAAUGGGCCGUCAUGAUGUCCCUGCUCGAGGCGGUCCUCCCGUCCAUCUCACGCCCGUCGACUCUCUCAGACCCGACGAACCAGGUCCGUGUACCCGAGGCCGAUUAUGCGGCGGCGCUCCAGCUCGCCCAGAACACCAUGAAGAAGCCGCCGUCGGAGGAAAAGUUCCAGGAGUACCUCGCACACAACCCGGCAAAGGAACCCAAGUUCGUCGAGAGCAUCACGAGGACCGUGGCCGCACUUGCACCGGCUGCUCAGCGCCAGCUGGGUGGUGUCAUGAGCUCAUUGGCCACUCGCACUGGCACAUUGCUGCUGACCGGCUACUGGACCCCGGUUCAUCUGCAGCCGCUGGAGGUUCGUGAGAAGAUUCUCAAGGCCUGGCAGACCUCGCGCCUCCCGGCGAUCCGCGUCCUGUCCAAGUCGAUUUGCCUGCUGGCUCAGAAGAGCGCCGUGCAGACGAGUCCUCUGUUCAAGGAGUUGACCGAUUACACCGACAUGCCCGAUUUCCAGAAGCAUGGCGAGGGUUACGACUUCAACUUUAUGCAGUUCGAGGCCUCCGACGCACCCGCCGUCGUGGAGACCGACGUGGUCAUCGUCGGGUCCGGCUGCGGAGGCGCCGUGGCCGCCAAGGUGCUAGCCGAGGCGGGCCACAAAGUCCUCGUCGUCGACAAGUCGUACUACUACUCACCAAACCAGCUCCCGAUGAGCCAGGACGCCGGGUGCCAGUUUCUGUACGAAAACAGCGGCUUCAUCACGAGCGACGACAACUCUCUGAAUCUGGUCGCUGGAAGCUGCUGGGGCGGCGGCGGGACCGUCAACUGGAGCGUGAGCCUUCAGACACAGGGUUUCGUGCGCAAGGAAUGGUCCGAGAAGCGCGGAUUGCCCUUCUUCACGUCGCCCCAAUUCCAAAACUGUCUGGACAAGGUGUGCGACUUCAUGGGCGUGGGAGCUGACCACGUGCGCCACAACCACCGCAACCAGGUGCUGCUGGACGGGUCCCGGAAGCUCGGCUGGCACGCGACGACGGCCCCGCAGAACACGGCCGGCACGGAGCACUACUGCGGGCAGUGCCAUCUCGGAUGCGCAUCGACCGAGAAGCAGGGCCCUACGGUUAGCUGGCUGCCUGCGGCGGCGGCGUCCGGGGCCAGGUUCAUCGAAGGCUUCGAGGUUGAGAAGGUGACGUUUGAUGAGUCGAGCGGCGGUUCCAAACGGGCCACGGGCGUUGUUGGGAAGUGGGUGUCGAGGGGCGCUGACGGAAGCACCAGCGCGCCCUUGGAUCAGCGAACCACGCGGGAGGUCGUCGUCAAGGCAAAGAAGGUUAUUGUGGCCGCUGGCUCGGUUUCGAGUCCCUUGGUGUUGCUGAGGAGCGGUUUGACUAACCGGCACAUUGGACGCAACCUCUACGUCCAUCCCUGCAACUUUGUAGGCGGCUACUGGAAAGAAGACUGCAAGCCAUGGGAAGGUGGCACCAUCACCGGCUACUGUUCCUCGUUUGAGGACCUCGACAAGGCCGGCCACGGCGUCAAGCUAGAAGCCACAUGCAUGGUUCCCUACACGAUUCUCUCCAGCAUGCCCUGGCACUCAGGCCUCCAGGCCAAGCUCUCGGAGCUCCGUUUCCGCCACUUCGGGGCCUUUAUCUCCCUCACCCGCGACCGCGACACGGGACGUGUGUUCCCGGACCCGAUCACGGGCCGCCCACGCGUCGACUACGUCGUCUCGGAUUUCGACCGCGCCCACACCCUCGAGGGCGUCAUCGCACUGUGCAAGAUCUGCUACGUCGAGGGCGCCAUCGAGAUCCACGCGGGCAUCCCUGGACUCGAGCCCUUUGUCCGGGAAGACCGCGCUGAGCCGCCCGAAAAGACGGCGGCGGCGGCGUCGGGCUCGCUGGGGUCGGAGAGCGGGGACGAGGCGAUCCUCGACGGGGUCAACGACCCGCGCUUCGUUGCAUGGCUCGACAAGCUGCGCAAAGUCAAUAACGCGCCGCCCGUGGCCAUAUUCUCGUCGGCGCACCAGAUGGGCACGUGCAGGAUGGCGCCGAACGAGGACGAGGGCGUCGUCGGGCCCAAGGGCCACGUGUGGGGGACAGAGGGGCUGUUCGUGGCGGACGCGAGCGUCUUCCCGAGCGCAAGCGGCGUGAACCCGAUGGUUACAAACAUGGCCAUCGCGGACUGGAUUGCGACGCAUGUCAGCAAGGACAUGAAGGCCGAGAGAUUGUAGGAGGCGGCCUGCGACGACGACGACUACGACAACAACGACGAUUGCCCGGAGAGGCGGGGCAGGGGGUGUAGAACGUCACGGUAAGCGCUGUUGCAUGCAUACCCAAACUGUGGCAACGGGCGCUCGUUCUGGUAUUUGAUAACUCGAGAGAUCUCACAACGGUGGCGAAAACCUUCACCGCGCUGGCAUUAUUUAGUGUGUGUAUGCAUGUAAUAUAUAUUUUCCUGUACGU